AUUUCGCCAUUCCACUCUUCUUUAUCUCAAUAGCUUUAUCUUUAUUUUCUCUUCUCUCUUGUUCAAACUUGAAGCAAAGAUGAGGAGGAAUUGCAACUUGGAACUUCGCCUUUUUCCUUCUUCCUACGAUUCCAGCCACCACCACGAUAACCACCCCAUGGUAGAAGAAAGUAGUAAGAGUCCAAUGCAAAAUUACUUCCAGCAGCAGGAAAACCAACGGCCGCUGACCAUUUUCUAUGAAGGGAAGAUUUGUGUUGCAGAUGUCACAGAGCAUCAGGCCAAAUCCAUCUUGAUGCUAGCACAUAAAAAAGUGGAGGAGGAAAUUAGAAUGAGAACACCAACGGGGGCAGAACCAUCUACACCAACAAUAGUGCAAUCUCCUCAUCAUGUGCAUAGCCCUGGCACUGGUCUUUCCAUGAAAAGAUCAUUGCAGCAGUUCCUCCAGAAGAGAAAAACUAGAGUCCAAGAAGCUUCACCAUACCAUCGCUAGCUAAAUGUGAAAAGGACAGAGCAAAUGCUUUUUUUUUCUUUUUUUUCUUUGUUUUAUGAGAGAGCUAGCCUAUGUAGAAUCCAUUGUUUCAUGAUCUUCUUCUCUUUUGUUCUUUCUAGGUUAAUUUCCUCACACUUGUAAUCUUUUUUUUCCAGUUCUUGUUUGAAAUACAUAAUUGGAAACUUACAUUAAAA